CAUGUGCACUACGUUUUUAUGGUGCAGAGUGUGGCAUGAUUUGCAGCUGUAAUGGAACUGAAAGUUGUAAUCCAUUAAAUGGACAAUGUGCAGAAAAUGAGCAAUGUAAUGAAGACCGCUUAAGAAGUGAUUGUCAACAAGAUGUGAUUCAUCUCAGAUGUCCAAAAGAUCCUGGAUGGUGGUAUUGGAAAAACAGCUGUUAUUACAUAGAAACAACAAAACGCUUGACCUGGGGAGAAGCAAAAAAUUUCUGCAUGGCUUAUCAUGAAACUAAACUAUUACCAAUGCCACAAAGUAAUGAGGAAAAGGUGUGGCUGACUACUGUGUUAAAGGAUGUUAUAUGGAUUGACUCUGCAAUGGGAAAAAUGAAGGACAUGAAAAACAA